GAAGGGGUUUCUUUUGUUGGAGUACGAGGAAGGCGCAGUCUUUCGGUGCAGAUGCGGGCCGUUGGUGCGUAAUCGUGGUGCGUACAGCUGAGAGGUCUAGAUGCGAGGGUGAUUGGUGCGCAGGUUGGUGGUGUUUACACAGCAGCUGGGGGCCAAAGCCGUGCCGCAGACAAAGGCAGCAAACGUUAAUAUACCAAACUUGCGACGGGACUUUGGGCAGGUAAACAGAAACAUGCGACGGUGGAGGCCGUUCCGCGUCGUUCCUUGCCCGUCAACAUGUAAUGUAAUCUCGCUGCAGGGGCAACGGGUGCAUUGAUCGUGCGAGUCCUAGGCCCUGAGACGUCACCGGCCAAGAGAUCGGCGCUCGCCCACCAACGCUUGACAGCUUGCAGGGCCAGAAAUAGACGAUCAACAGUCGCGAGCCAGUACGCGACGUUUGAUGUUCCUCGACAUCUGCACCCUAACUGCAGCAUGAUUGAACAUGGCAGUGGACAUUGACGACCGAGACAUUUUCGCCGCCGCCAGCGUGGCUCAGAUCCAUGAAGCCCUCGGCCAAUUGCACGAGCACGAGGCCAGCAUCACCCAGCGCCUAAACGCCCUCAUCGCCUCGCAGAAGCAUCUCUCGCGCGAACUCGGUCGCCUCGAUCUGCUCCGCGCCCACCUCGGCACCCAGGCCGUCAACACGCGCGCCAUCAGCAAUGGCAUGCUCUCCGACGCCGCCUCGACUGCGAGCCGGAUAUCGAGCGCCGUCAAGCGGUUAGACCAGGAACAGUCGAAUGUCAAGGCAACACUCGAGGUGGUGGAGCAGGUGGCAGAACUCAAGGCAUGUGUGCUGGGCGUCCAUGGCUCCAUGGGAGCUCCACAAGACUGGGAGACGGCUGCUGGCUAUCUCCACCGCGCCGCCAAAAUACCCGACGACGUCGUAAACGGCAGUUUCGCAGACGAGAUCGUGCCGACUGCUGAAGUGCCGGAUCCGCCGCGCGUGACGCUAGAUGCAGCAGCAGAGUCGCUGUGUGGCCUCUUCUUGCGCGAGUUCGAAAAGGCUGCGCAAGAGGGCGACGGCUCCAAGGUGACGAGGUUCUUCAAACUGUUCCCCUUGAUCGGACGGACAGAUGUAGGCCUGGAUGCAUACGGUCGAUAUGUUUGCCAGGGAGUAGCUUCGCGUGCGCGGACAAACUUCAAUUCGGCUGCGCCAGCUCAGAGGAAUGAGCCCUUCUUCUACGGCAACACCAUCACAAAACUCUUCGAGCAUAUCGCUCAGAUUGUUGAUAGCCAUGAGCCGUUGGUCGAGCGUCACUACGGAUCAGGCAUGAUGCAGAAGGUUAUUGAACGUCUACAAAUUGAGGCCGAUGUGCAAGGCGGCAUCGUGCUCGACACAUGGCAUGAAGAGCGUCACAUAGACCGCAAGCUGACUGACAUCAAAUCUUAUGCCUUCUCCUUCCUUGUCCAAAGCUUUCUUCCCUCCCAAAAACCUGCUUCUGGAAUACCUCGUUCCAGCUCGCCAGCCAACGGUGCUGGCCGAGUCAGCGAAGACGAGGGAGUGGACAUGAAAGAGAUUGAUGGCUUGCUUGGAGAGGGCGCACUAAUGCUAGGACGCUAUGCGCUGUAUGCGCGUUUCCUCUCUGACAAGUGUGCACCCGCCGAGCCUGAAGACCGCAUCGACUACGGUUUAGUGAUGCCCAAUUUCUUAGCUACCAGUAAUCUCCACAAGAAAGUGAACAGCCAUCUUAUCGAGCCUGUCAAUGCCAUGACAACCUUUUUCUUUCGUAGGUCGGUGGAGAAGGCUUUUCAGUUGGACGAAGCGCCAGCAGAUCUCACGCUGAAUCCAACCAAACCUCUUGGGUCCAACCCACCUUUCAUCACCUCCGCAGUCGACGAUGUCAUGUACAUUGUCAAUCAGGUAAUUCAGAGAACCCUGGCAACCUCGCAACGUGCCGUCGUCUCUAGUGUCGUGCCUGCGGUAAGCCAUAUCCUGGGCGCAGAGUUUAUCGGUAUGAUACAACGGAAAAUGCGUGACGAAAGUUACCCCAAGCCCGUUAUUCAGGGCGGUCUUCCUCCCGAAGACAAAGUUAUUGCCUUCUUGGUGCUCAUCAACAACCUGGACAUUGCGAACGACUACGUCAAACGAAUAGUCUCGCAGCAGCUCGGCCGUCACUCGCAAGCUGGCGAAGAGGAUACAAAAUCACCUUUGCACGACCUCUUUCCAUUCGGACACGACGCUAUAUUCGUUGAGAACACACUGAAAGCAAUGGAAAAGUCAUUUGCAUCCAAGAGCGGAGAUCUGCUCAACGAUGGCAUCACUGUCUUAUUCUCAAACGUCCUCAAGCCUCGCAUUCGACCGAUCCUGGCUGAAGCGUUCCGAGACAUAAAGUACGACCCCGAGGAUGGCGAAAAUGAGGAUGAAGAAGAGGACGAUGUCGAUGUGGUAAAGUCGCGUUUUGACCGCGGUUGGGGAGUCGUGAUCCGUCCUAUCAAGCGUAUCUUGACCUCGGCAAAUUUUGAUCGUCUCCUGGCAUUGGGAUUGAACUCUCUCGCAUCUUCGCUCGAAAAGCGCAUCAAAAGCUACUACGGUAGAGUCAACGAGCUGGGUGCUGUUAGGCUCGAGCGCGACGUUGCUGGUAUUAUCACAGCCGCUACAAGCGGUGGCGCGUAUUCACUUCGCGAUGCAUUCCAAAAGAGUACUCAGAUGACUCUGAUUCUAAACAUGGAGGACGACGAAUUUGCGGAAGUGGCGGAUGACACGUCAGGCGAGUCAGGUAUACCCUGGGUAUUGGAUGCUGAGGAGAGGAAGAGAGUAAGAGCUAUCGUGAAAGGUUGAUGAGAUGGUGUGGCUCGGCCUUCGCGAGCGGGGUGCAGAGUUUCCGUAGUCUUGACUAGGAAAUUCUUGGCAUGCAAUCUAUACAAAUGAAAUACUCUGGACUGCCUCGGUAGUGGGUAUACUCCGCAAUUAAUCGUCUUUCUUUCCGUGAGGGACGCUUUCGUAUCGCGAUUGCUCCUUUUGUACACGGUCCAUAUUAGUAGCACGCUGCUAGCCGUCGCGGCCGACCACCUGUGGCUCGUGCCGGCUUGGCUCUG